AUGUCCAUGAUUGUCAAUAGAAUGGAGUGUCCACUUCCCCAUAUUGCUAAUUAUACUCCCAAACCCAACGAUACUAAAAUUUGCCAGUGGUACUGCUGUCUGUGUGGCCAACUGUACGGAAGCAUCAUCUACAAAAAGACCCCCGUGCCCGACAACCAUGUCGCCGCCGCCAACCCGGCCACGUCCGACGAAAGCGUCAACGACUACUUAAUACGAAGUAUCAAGUACUACUCGCAAAUUGUCUACAAUCUUGGCGGGUUCCCCGCGCCGUCGGCGUCACCGCCAGUCGCCGGCGACGACGAUGCCGUCGUCGGUGACGGGACGCCUGAGGACGUCUACGCUCACGAAAUCAGUCCUUACGACAACCCCGAGGUCCGCCGGCUGUCGUCGUUCAACGACAUUUUGUCGCCGCUGAUAAUUGCGGAAACUAACCUGGUGGUCACCCCCACCCCCGUCUUCAUUCGCACCACGUCCACCACCGCGUAUAAUUUCGAUAAGGUGCAACAACCCUGCACCGAAACCAAGACUGAGGAUGACGUGAUCCUCAAUAUACCCACCCGAUUUACCUGCCACCGGUGUGACCACAUGAUGUGUCCUUAUUGCCCCAAGGUGAGAGUGAAGGACUUAUAG